AUGGCGCACAGCCAUCGUGGCCCCCAUCCUGAAGGCCGGAAAGCCGGCUGGAAACGUGAGCUCCUACCGGCCGGUCUCCCUCACCUCCGCCGCUUGCAAGGUGAUGGAGGCCAUUGCUCUGGUCCGACUGGACUGGGUGGCCCGUGCCCAUGGCUUCCUGGCCGACGAGCAGACGGGUUCCGGCGGCGCCGAUGCACCGCGGACGAGGUCUGCGCGCUCGAAGAGGCCAAGGCCUGUGGUGACGCCGUGCUUCUGGUGCUUCUCGAAAUCAAGGGGGCCUUCGACUGCCUGCCCCAUCCAGUCGUUCAGCGGGCCCUGGACCUACUUGGCAUCAACGGGAACCUGCGGCACUUCAUCUCGUCGUUCCUGGAGGAACCGGGCGUCCCACAAGGGUCAGCGGUGAGCCCUUUCCUGUUCGACCUGGCGCUCGCCCGGCUGCCUGCUGCCCUGCCGAUCGACCCCCACUACCCCGUGAAUGCCUCCAUCUAUGCGGACGACAUCGCCCUGUGGGUGCGAAGUCCACCACACAGCCACCGCAGCGCGCGCUCGGCCCUGCAAAGAGCCCUCGACACCACCGCUGCUUACCUGAGCAGCAUUAGCCUUGCCAUCUCGGCAAGCAAGACGGAGGCCAUUCUGCUCCACCCAAGAGCAGCCGCCCGACGCACAGCUACCAGGCUGCACCUGGAAGGCGUCCAGUUACCCUGGAUCACGGAAGUGACGUACCUGGGGCUGCGCAUUGAUCACCGGCUGUCCUGGCUGCCUGCUGUCAAGACCCUGCAUGUCCAGGUCCUCCGGGUCCGCAAGGCAGUCUCCCAGCUUCUUGCCCGAGGACAGGGCUGCACCACUAGGUGGGCUCUGCGGCUGUACGAUGCAGCAGCCACCUCACGCCUGCGAUACGCCCUCCCACUCAUGGCACUACCACCUUCCCGUCUCAAGAAGCUGGAGCUGCAGCAUCGUGCCGCGAUUAGGCUCUGCCUGGGCGCUCCCCGCAGCUCUCAAGUCGCUGCAACUUUGGCCGAGGCGGUAGCAGGGCCCCUGUCACUCCUCCUCCUGCAACAGGGGCUACGCCAUGUUGACCGCCUCCACCAUGAGCUGCCCGGCGUUUGCAAACGGCGCUCCCCGACUUGUGCCCUUCAGCAGACGGCUGCCUCCCUCUUGCAUGAGGACCACGGAGGACACCUGCAGGUCUACGUUGACGGCUCGGUGAUGCCGGACACAGGCUCGUCGACUGCGGCCUGCGUGGUGCCCGCCUUGCGGAAGAGCAGGCAGUGUCGCCUCCCCGACCAUGCGACGUCAGCAGCAGCAGAGGCAGCAGGCCUCCACCUGGCUGUGGACUUACUCGCGGAGGAGCUGCCAGCGACCCAAAUGACCAUCUACUGCGACUCCAAGGCGGCACUUCUCAGCCUGCAGCGGCCAAAAAAGGGCCAACCUUGGGGUCGCCCUGCUCUCGACAAGGCUGAUGGCGCUCCAGGAGACCUGCAAUGGCUUCUAGCCCACGUAGGAAUACAGGGCAACGAGGAAGCUGAUGUACUGGCAAAGCGCGCCCACCCCUGCGUGGUCCCGCCCAGCCUGGCAGCGACAGCCAAUGACUUCACAAGCCACAGGCUGCGACGCCAUCUGCUGGCCUGCCAUCUGGACAAGCGGAUGUCCUUGGGCCGCCCUCUGCGACCACUUCCACAGCGCGGCCUCGCACGCAGGGAGACCUCCCUCCUGCUGCAACUGAGGAUUAGCUGCUGCUGGAGGGGUGCUCGCAGCCACCGGCACGGCCUCAUCGCCUCUCCAUCCUGCGCCUCCUGUGGGGAGCCCGAGACCCUGGAGCACCUCCUGCUGGCCUGCCCUGCUUACCUGCAGCAGCGUGGCCGCCUCCUGCAGGAGUUCCGACGCCUGGGGCUUCCUUCUGCACGGCAGGAAGACAUCCUCUUCCCUGGUCGCAACGAGCUACCAGCCCUCCUAAGUGUCGUCGAUGAACCACGGGGGACUUCUUCUGCCCCCACAGAGGCAGGACCCAGUGCUGCCAAAUCCAACAACACGCAGACCUUGCUCUUGCAGGGCUGCGUUACUGUGCAAAAACCGAGACCUGAUACACGUCUCCCAGAGCGUCGUGACCCCGCCUCCACCGCCUCUGAGAAGGAGAUGGAGGUUGACGCAAGUACAUCGGUGCCAGCGGCACCAAAAAACAAGGCUUGA